GUCUCAGCUCAGGCGCCAAUCCCCCACCAAAACCUUCCCACCUCCGCUUCUCCUCUCCCAUCUCCACCGCCGCCGCGCGCGCUAUCCCUCCCGCCGGCGAGUGCUCCGGCACCGGCUAUACGCUCCGUCAGCCUUUCCUCCCGUCGCCGUCGUGCCCCUGAGGUCCAGGUCUCCUCGAAGGCGCCCCCGAUCUCAAGCCGCAGCGCCGCCACCGCCGGGCCUCGUCUCGCUCGUCGUCCCUUCCAUCACCGAUGCAUCAGGAGAUAUGCUUCCAGGACCGCCACCACCUCUUCUUAGGGGAUAUCCCUCUGUGCCGAGCGCGUCACCCUCAGCUGCGCCGUCAUCAUCCAUAGGUGCCAGCAUCGCCAUUAUCGCUAUCGUCAUCAUCGCUUCGACCUUGCUGAUCUGUUGCAUUAAGGUCCUUUGCCGUAGCUCCCGUCCCCCUCGCUCGUCCUGGUCGCCAUUCUCUCGCCACAGCAGCAUCUCCCGGAGGGCCUCAUCAUUAGGAGAGUCUGACAGGAAGCGUGGGGCGGCGGCAGCUGUUCAUGCUUGCCAGGAGGCUUCAUCUAGAGAGCAUGCAGAAGGUUUGAUGUUUGGGUUGAAGGUCCCUGUGCCAUCUGCGCCCACUCUACCAGAGGUGGAGCUGGUGAUCUUGGCGUUGCUCGCGCAACCCCCCGUGCUGUUGCAGCAGGGGAUGUUCUGUUGCAUCUGCGCCCAAGACUUUGCACCUACUGAUAUGAUCCUUGCCCUUCCGGCGUGCUUGCAUAAAUUCCACGAGCGAUGCAUCAUCCCAUGGAUUCGUGGCCAUGCACCAUACUGUUGUCCGUUCUGCGAGGCUUCUAUCACCAUGCCCUGCCCUGACCCUGACAAGACCUACAGCUCAGAUCGCUAUGACGUCAAGGCACAGACAAUGGUCGCGCCGGAUCCGCCUGGAGUGGAGGUGGCAGAGGCUGUGGGGGCUCUCGUGGGUGGCUGCGCUCUUCACUGGACAGACUCUCAGGCAGCUGGAGGGGAUGCUCCAGCAGUCAUGCCACUGCAGUUGUAGUGCUGGUGUCCUCACGGCGUACCACGGGGAGCUGGAGAGUCAACGAUUCUGACAAGGAGGACGUAGAGGCUGUUGGUGGCUUUCGUGGGUGGCUGCACUCUUAUCUGGCUACACUCUCGAGCACCUGGAGUGGACGCUCAGAGAGCCAUUCCACUACAAUGGUG